AAUACGCCACCGUCGGCUAUAUGGCAAAACGAAUUCAAAUGCGAAAACAAAGAUUUAUGGCGAUCCAAAAAAUAGCUGAGCAAAAAAAGCAGCAACAAAUGGAUGGGGCGCAACCACCGCCCAAUCCCAAUCCGAGUGCGGGCGAUCAUGGACAUGGGCAUGGUCAUGGCCACAGCCAUGGUCAUCCUCAUGCGCCAAAACAAACAGUGAGUAACCGACCAAUUGGCUAUUCAAAUAUGCAACAAAACGUUGGUUCGCGCGGUUGCUCGAUAGUGGGACCCUUGUUCCAGGAGGUGAGAUUCAAGGUGCACGAUCCGAAGGCCCAUUCCAAAGGCGGCACGCUAGAGAAUACUGUGAACGGUGGACGUGGCGGACCGCCGGUUGGCCCACCCGGACCCGGACCCCAAGGUGGCGGUGGCGGAGGCGGUGGCGGCGGCGGCGGAGGUGGAGCGCCCGAAGGUGGGGACGCCGAAGCGGCUGUACCAUCCCAUUUAUUACACCCGGGCAAGGAUAUCAACAAGCUGCUGGGCAUAACGCCAUCAGACAUUGACAAAUAUUCGCGCAUAGUGUUCCCCGUGUGUUUCGUUUGCUUCAAUCUGAUGUAUUGGAUCAUUUACUUGCAUGUCAGCGACGUGGUUGCCGACGAUCUGGUGUUGCUGGGCGAGGAGAAGUAAGAUGAGAAACGCCGCCGAGCAGAAAAGCGUAAAGCAUACAAGAAAAGGCAGCACAGAACAGAGGAAGUGCUGUGUCACGCUAGGCGUGUACCGGUUGAGGCGAAGUCAUGUCGAAGACAGGACGAGCCAGGGGAGUACAGCAGCCAGGCGAAUCGCACUAAAUUAAUUAAGUUUAUAUAUUAAGCAAAUACACUAUAUGUAGACAAAAAAAAUUAGCAUAAUUAUUAUAUGAAUACUCACACGCACUAGAAGAUUAAAAAAAAACAAAAAAAAAAACACAAGCAUAAGUAUGUUUAUGUAUUAGGAAAAUCAGCAGAGAAACGACGAAAAUUAGCUAAAAAUUAUUUAUACUAAGCAGAAAAAAAAAUAGUGAACAAACAGCUUAAGUUGAAAAACUUCGGAAAUAAAAUCAAAAUAAAAAUGAGUUCAAGUCUAAAUGAGAGCACGAGAGUGCUGCUGGUGUGCGCCAUAGCAGGCAAUUACACUGAAAAAAAAAAAUAAAAAAUCAUCUAAGAUUAAACUAUACUUUAUAGGCAAAUAACACAACGUUAAGUGGAACGCUAAAAAAACAACUAAACAAAACAAAAAUCGUUAUGAUUUAGUAAGUCGUAUAAGCUCAAAAAAUAUUAACAGCAAUAAAUAAGCGAGUGUAGAGCAGAGUAUUUGAAUGAAAUAUAAUGAAUUAGAACCUAAUAAUUUGUCAGCGAAAAACGUUAAAAUUAAGAGAAGUGUAGUUAAAAUAAUAUUGGGCAGGACUUUGAAAAUUAGUAAAGUUACACGAUACACGCAUACACAGGCAGCGCCAAUAAAAGUACAGUAGUGAGAAGCGUGAUGCGAUGGCACUUUAACCUAAAAAUAACAACUUCGGCUUGCUGAUGCUUCCGGUGGAUUUUGACAUGAAAUUCCGUCAUACCUUGUCAAUUUUCUUUUGAAGACAUACAAGUUUCGGCGCUAGCCAUGUUCAGUGUAAUUCUUUGUCGUGAGGGAAUGCCAUAUUUUUUCACUUAAAACUUUUUAUGUUCAAGCAUUAGUAGGGACCUGAUUUUGUUAGAUAAAGAGUUCUUCAUUGAAAAGACUAGAAGGAGCCAGACUUCAUUAAACUUUUGUUGCUUAAAAAACAAGAAUUUGACGAGGAAUCUGUAAAUUUAAGGACAUUACUGGGGGAAGUACAAAAAGUGCGGUUUUGGAUAUUCAAGAGCUUUCACCUAGAUUUUAAGAUAGUGAAGGUUUUUUAUUUUGGUAUAUUUCUUUAGUGAAUGCUUUCGAAAACUUAAAAAGUAAAUUUCGCUCUGUUUCAGGUUAUGUAUCCCUUUAAAGGGGAAAACUAAAACCAAGACCUCGACCACCGAUGUUUAAAGGCUAGAUUCUGGCAUAUCUUUGCUGCUACCAGUUUCAUCACAAAACAUAAUUCUGGUGCAAGUAAAAUUUUCCAAAUGGGCACAACUUAUUCUAAAGAAUUUUUCCAUUUUGACUCAUGAGCUAUUGGUAUUAGGAUAGUUUACAUUGUAAUGGUUGGAGGGUAUACCUUAUUGAGAUCACAAUUCCCUUCGAUGUUAGAAAGCUCACUCUGGUGCAAAGCGCAUGGUUGACGCUUUGAAAUUUAUGAAAGCUUUCAUUAUAAUCAUAUUAUAUACUAUCUGGAAGGCGUUAAAAAUUGGUUUGAAUAGUUCUUCAAUGCGCUCGCAACUAUGUGUACCAAUUAAGAGUUUUAUCAGGAAGUACAGUUGUUUUCUGUACAGCGUCGCAGCUAAUUAUGGCUCUA